UCGCUGCCCGCUUUCGGCCCUAUUUGGCUCAAAAUAACAGUGUUGAUGGCCAUGCAGGAGAAAUACCCAAGUGAGAGGAUCUCUCAUGCCACUUCACCAGGUUCCAGUGGAAUUCAAAAGGGUAGUUCCCUGGGGACUGAAUGGCAGACCCCAGUUAUAUCAGAGGCUUUUCGGAGUCGAUUCAGCCGCUGCUCAAGUGUAGCUGACAGUGGGGACACAGCCCUUGGCACAUCAUGCUCAGACAUUGCAGAGGAUUUUUGUAGCUCAAGUAGCAGCCCUUCUUUCCAGCCCAUCAAAAGCCACAUAACCAUUCCAACAGCCCAUGUGAUACCUUCUACUUUGGGGACCUCUCCUGCCAAGCCAAAUUCUAUACCUGCUGGACUCUGUUCCUCCAAACUCCCUUUGUCAGGGCUGGCUGAAGGUGUGGGGAUGACAAGAAAUGGAGACCUAGGUGCAAUGAAACGUUCUACAGGCCUGUCUAGAGAUUUCAUGUAUCUUUGUGGUGCUACUGGAGAAAAUGGAAUUGAGCAGUCCUGGUUUCCAGCAGUGGGCCAUGAAAGAGAAGAAGAGGUGAGGAAGUUUGAUAUUCCCAGUAUGGAGUCUACCCUUAAUCAGUCGGCAAUGAUGGAGACACUUUAUUCAGAUCCUCACUACCAAGUCCACUUUCACAACCCAAGAGCUGACACAAACAAGGAGUUAUACAAAGUGUUGCCUGAGACCAAGAAGGCACCGGGCAGUGGGGUGGUAUGUGAGCGGAAUGGACCUCACCCUAAUAGCAGUGGAGUGCUCCCUUUGGGACUCCAGCCUGCUCCUGGCUUCUCCAAGCCUCUACCCUCUCAGGUAUGGCAGCCGAACCCUGACCCUUGGCACCCCCGUGAGCGAUCUUGCGAGCUCAGCACUUGUCGUCAGCAUCUGGAGUUGAUCCGUUUACAGAUGGAACAAAUGCAGCUUCAGAAUGGAGCCAUCUGCCACCAUCCCGCUGCAUUUGCUCCAUCACUGCCCCCAUUAGAACCAGCACAGUGGAUCAGCAUCUUAAACAGUAAUGAACACCUUCUGAAGGAAAAGGAGCUCCUCAUUGACAAGCAGAGGAAACACAUCUCUCAGCUGGAGCAGAAAGUACGGGAAAGUGAACUGCAAGUCCACAGUGCCCUUUUGGGCCGCCCUGCCCCCUUUGGGGAUGUCUGCUUGCUGAGGCUGCAGGAAUUGCAGCGAGAGAACACUUUCUUACGUGCGCAGUUUGCACAGAAGACAGAAGCCCUGAGCAAAGAAAAGAUCGAGCUUGAAAAGAAACUCUCUGCUUCAGAAGUUGAAAUCCAGCUCAUCAGAGAAUCACUCAAAGUGGCGUUGCAGAAGCAGUCAGAGGAGGGGAAGAAACAGGAAGAAAGGGUAAAGGGUCGUGAUAAGCAUAUCAAUAAUUUGAAAAAGAAAUGUCAGAAGGAAUCAGAACAGAACCGGGAGAAGCAGCAGCGUAUUGAGACCUUGGAGCGCUACUUGGCUGACCUGCCCACCCUGGAAGACCAUCAGAAGCAGAGCCAGCAGCUUAAGGAUUCUGAGUUGAAGAGUACAGAGCUGCAGGAGAGAGUGACUGAGCUGGAGAGUUUGCUGGAGGAGACCCAGGCAGCCUGCAGAGAGAAGGAAGUUCAACUGGAAAGCCUGAGACAGAAAGGAGCAGAAUUCUCCACUAGACAUAGCCUGCAAGAUAAGCAGUGUGUGGAGGAGGCCAGUGGAGAAGAUCCAGCCCAACAGGGAGAAGGUCCAAAAGUGGAAAUGGAGUCCUGGCAGAAAGAAUGUGAUUCCCUCCGAAAGGUUGUGGAGAAGCAACAGCAGAAGAUGGAUCAGCUGCGUUUACAAGUACAGAGCCUAGAGCAAGAAGUGGCUCAGGAAGAAGGAACAAGCCAGGCCCUGAAAGAGGAGGCCCAGCGGAGGGAGACAGCUCUGCAGCAGCUGCGUACAGCCGUGAAGGAGCUUUCAGUGCAGAACCAGGACCUGAUUGAGAAGAAUCUGACACUCCAGGAACACCUGCGCCAGGCCCAACCAGGGUCCCCAUCUUCACCAGACACAGCCCAGCUGGCAUUUGAGCUGCACCAGGAGUUGGCCAGUUGCCUUCAAGAUCUGCAGGCUGUCUGUAGUAUCGUGACCCAGAGGGCCCAGGGCCAUGACCCCAAUCUCUCCCUGCUCCUGGGCAUUCACCCUGCACAGCACCCGGGGACUCAGCUGGAUUUGCAGAAGCCGGAUGUGAUCAAGAGGAAACUAGAAGAGGUUCAACAGCUGCGCCGUGACAUCGAGGACUUAAGGACCACCAUGUCAGACAGAUAUGCCCAGGAUAUGGGAGAAAACUGUGUCACACAGUGAGGAAUGCUGGGGGUGGCACACGCUCUGUUCCCCCAGGGAAGAUCUGCUCUGCUGAACGCCCAGUCUGGCAGGUCCUGCCCUGACAAUCUCUUGCCUCCUGUCUGCUGCUAUUCCCAGAGAGAAGGGGUGGAAGGGGUUAAGAACCUGCAUCUGGGGCCAAGGGCUGAUUAAGGAACUGUGCCUGCCCUGUCCCACAUUGGCUUUGCCUUGUUGGAUUGCAUUUGUCCUGUCAUCCUGAUUUACCCUUUGAGGGUGAGUUACUAAUUAACUUCUGCAGGUUGACUGAUAAGUCCUCACAGACCUUUCCAGCCCCAGGGUGAUGUCAGAGGUAAACAGGCUGCUCAAUUCCCUUUUCCAUCCUCUUUGUUGGAUCCACAUUCAUUCCCACUCCAUACCUUGGUCCUGCUGAUGCCCAGAGUUCAGUAGAAGGCCCGGAAAGGCUGAGUACCAGACACGAUGGCCAUGUGAGAAUUCUCAGGCCAAGAGGCCAGCCUGCCUGGGAUCUGAGCUGGCUUUCUUGGGUAUUCUUAGGCCUGGUCCCACUGCUGCUUCCUCAGGGCUCUUGUUCUCACAGACGCCUCAGGGUGAUCUGUUUAUUAGCAAAGUACCCACUAGAAUUGGCCUAAGGAUUAUAUCCAAGCCUGCCCCAUCUGUGCUGUCAUGCCAUUUUACAGGAUGGCCCACUCUCCAGCUGCCCUGUCCCUCGGGGCCCUGGCCACAUGAUUAGCACAGCUCCCUUCUCUUUUCUUCUCAGGCCAGUCAGGUAGCCCCCUUGUAAACUUUUCUUUAUGGUUCUGGAUUUGGGCAGGAUUUUCCCCGAGAAUACCACAGGGCAACUGCCAGGCUGCUCACCACCUCCUCCUGGGGCUAAGGGAUGGCAUCCAGCCCUGACUUGUGCCUCUCUUUUGUUUGGGGGCAGGUCCUUUCCCUUUCUUGCUCUGGGGCUUUUUGAGAGUUCAGAGUACCCAGUAUAGUUUGGCUCUAAGGUAUAGCUUUCCUUAUUUGCUGGGUUUUGUUUGGGGCCUUUGGACCCUAUGCUUUCUGGUUUCUCUUGCCUCCUCUUUUAGGGAGCAUCUCAAACACAAUUGUUUGUAUCUGGUUGUUGGGCUGGCCCCAGGCCUCCGCUAGAUCUGGAGCGAGGCCAAGCCAGGGCCUUGUAAGGGUAUGCAGGAGCACUGAGCAGUUCAGGAGUCAGCCACUAUGAGUUUGUUGGUAAGUUUUGAGCCGUCAGAGAAGUAUCCUGAACCUCACUCUUGGGUCUGAAUGAGACUAAGUGUUUUUACAAUUUUGUGUCUUUUUGAGUGAUGUAUCCCUUCCAUUCAGAACAGCCCCACCCAGCCAUCCCCUCAGCCUCUGGGCUCCUUCCUGCCUCCUAAAAGCAGAGCUGCCUGGUUGGUCUCCACCCUGUGUUGGGAGCCCAGCCACCAUGCUCAUGGGUAUUUUUCCUCAAAGUUUAUAAGCAGUUAUUUGUAUGAAUCCUUGUUAUGUCAACUGGUUUGUAUUGCCUAUUUUGAUUACAAAAUAAAAUAGUUAACAAACUCCUCAG